AACAUAUUGGAAACUAGAAAAAAGUGUUUUAAAGAAAUUAAGAAAAAAAAACAGCAAUAUAAAAAUAAUUGAGAAAUAAAACUAUUAACUUUUAAACAAACUAAAGCAAAAAACAAAUCAAACAAAAUGCGUCCAUUCGGUAACGAUAUUACAAAUAUUGCCAAUAAUGGCAACAACAAUAAUAAUAACAAUAAUAAUAAUAACAACAAUAAUAAUAAUGGCAAUAACAACAACAGCAGCAUUAACACAAAUCAACCAUAUGAAGAUGAUCCUCGAGUACCGCCUCAUAUUGCCAGAAUUGGUGGAAUUGUUACAUUUUCACCUGUAGCUGGUCGUGGUGUUAUUCGAGUAGUGGGUCGCUGUGAGGAUGCCAAAGAGAACAGCAUGUUGGAUUUAUCUGAAUGUGAAUUAAUGCAAAUUCCCGAUGCUGUUUAUCAUUUAAUGCGCAAUACAGAAUUGAAAACCUGUGAUCUCAGUGGUAACGUCAUCAAAAAGAUUUCCCCUAAAUUUGCCAUGAAAUUCAGUUUGAUAACAGAUUUAAAUCUAUCACACAAUCAAAUGACCAAAUUGCCUGAUGAAUUGGCGGAUUUAAUGAAUUUAACUAAACUCAAUAUCUCACACAAUUCAUUUAUUGUAUUGCCACCAGUGGUUUUCAAAAUGCCCAAAUUGAAAGAACUAGAUGCCAGCCAUAAUGCCAUUAUAGAAAUCGAUUCAGAUGAUGUUAUAGCCAGUGAUAGUUUAGAACUGGUAGAUUUACGUCACAAUCCCUUGGGUCGCACAUGUCAUCGUAGACUAAAAAAUGCUCAAACGCCUUUCCGCCUUGAGAUUUCCGAACUCAAUGAGGAUGAUGAAGACUGGUAAAAAAAUCUAUUUUCCCUAUAUUGCUUUUUUGCAUAAUGAAUGAUAUUCAUUUAUGAACAAAUGUAGUGAAAAAGAAAAAAAUAACGAAAACCUAUACAUAUCUCAAUAUUAAUGAGGCAUUAUAUCUCUUAAAUCAUAAUAAUUUUCUAUUUAACGAAAACAAAGCUUAGGUUUAAGUUCAACAAAAUUAGUUAAUAAGUUUUAUAGGUUUAAGUUUUGCUUUUAACAACAAAAUACUUGCCUCUUGAAAAAGAACACAAAGAUAAUGUUAAAGACUUAAAAUGAGAAAAAAUUUUAAAAAUAAAAAUUUCACAAAGAACCCAUUUUCAAUAUGCUGAUCUUAAGUCUUAACAAUAGUAAAAAUAAAUUGAGAUUUUUAAGUUUUAGAAUUUUGAGUACAGAGGCCUACAGUUAACAACAAAUUGAAGAAUAUUUUUUAUUGAAAAUAGGGCUAAGAGUAAUUUUUUUAAUAGUUGAGUAUAUCGUUUGAAAUUAUAAUAUAAUCAAGUUUUAUCAAAAUAACUUUAAGCAAAUUGUAUAUUAAUUGAUAGUUUAUUAACUAAGAAUUUUCGUUUUUGUACAGUUUACUAUUUAUGUAUGUACUUAAUUGUUUGAUUAAAGAGAAAUAUCGUUUGCAGUUGCGAGAUCUUUUAAAAAGCAUAAAAAGCUAAAAGGACUUGUUAUGUAACUUGUUUAGUUUCUCUUUAAUUAAAUCAAUUCUUUUAGUUUAAGUAUUAACAAAACGAUCCAAAGAAUACUUUAAAUCCUCCCCUACACAAACACUUUUUUUACUCUUGAUGAUAGAAUUUUAUUUUGUUUGUUUGCGAACUUUUUUAAGUCUGGUCUAGUGGCCUAGAGAAAAAUUUAAGAAUUUUUAUUUAAAAAAAUAUUGUUAUUAAAAAAUUUUCAACUGUGAUUGUCAUUGCUUAGUUUAAUUUUUAUUUUAUUGUUUUUUUCUAUAAUUUUAAAUUUAAUUGAGAACAAACUUUAGAUUCAUGUGUGCUAGACUAUUUUCUUUAACUAGUCCUUUAUAGUAAGUGUACAUUUUUUUCUUUAUGGAUCUAUUAGUAUUUGUUCCUACUGCCCUCAUUAUUGUGUAUUUUAUUUUUUAAACAAAUUUAUCUCUUAUUAUCUCUAUGACUAUUAUGUUUAAUUUGUUUUUAUUUUUGUAAUUUAUAUUUGGUUUUAUGAUUUUCUAUUGAAAGAAAUAAAAUAUUUUAUUUAUUUAACUCUUUCGUUUGAAAGAGAAUGACAAU